GUAGAAUAAUCUUUAGACAAAUAUAAUUACAUAAUUAUAAUAAAUAAUUAAAGAGGGUAGAAUUUUUUCAAUUUGUUGGAAAAGUUAGCAUUAUUAUAGUUUUUGCUAUAAAUGCCUCUUAUAUAGACAGGUUCACUUAAAUUUUAGAAUAUAAAUACAAUAUAAAUAUUGACUAUUAAUCCAAAUUAAUUAAAUAAAUAUCAUAGUAAACGUAUAUAAUAAAAAAAUAAUUAACUAAUGUUGCUGUAAAUUAAAAGGUUCCUUCCUUUAGAAUGCCAAGAUCAAUUAAUACUUUGGAAGCCUUUGUUGAUAUAUAAAACUCCAUAAAAAUUUUUAUAUAUAUUCACCCUUAUUUUAACAAUGAUUUAUUUUAUACAGAAAGUAAAGAUUUUCCAAUAUAGUGCCCAUUAAUUCUUACUGACCAAAUUUAAAUCAAGUUUAUGUAUUAUGUGGGGAGUAUUUUUGUACUAACCCAUGUUAUCACCUUUAUAGAACAAACGGUAUUUUUAAUAAUUAUAGUAGAAUAAUCUUUAGACAAAUAGAACUUUAUGAUUUAUUUUAAAGUUCAUUAAAGCUAUUUUGAAACACUGGUGGUAAAAUGUCGUUGCCAUUGCACAAAGCUGCGGAUUAAUUUAAAAGAUUUACACUCAUUAACACGACAUCCCCACGUUAUUUAAUUGGGGCCCUGCUGAUUUCGUCUCAGUAGAAAAACUGUAUAAAAAUGCAAGGGAUGGUAGUAAAUUGUACAGUCAAACAUGAGGCAAUCAACAAGAAUCAACUGUGCUUUAGUGUUUAUCAGUCUCAUUGUGUUGGAAGUUUACUGUACAGGUUCCCAUAAUUAUGAAAACUUGCCUGAUAAAUCAGGCAAGAAAACUGGAUACGAAAAGUAUAUAUCGCACUUGUGGUCGGGGGCACGGUUGGGUAGGAAGAAAAGAAAUCUUGAUGACGAAGUUUUCAGGGAGGAACAAAAAGAACAGUUGGAUAACCUACUCCAAAUUCUACAGGAUAACCCAUGGGCAAUAGUAGCAAUGACUGAUGGGAAACGCCACGUCUCCAGUUUCACGCCCAGAUUAGGCAGAGAGGUGGAUGAUGAUUUUGGAAGCAACGAUAGCAUGUUGCAGUUUGAUGUGGCUGAAAGAUCUCCAUUAUUCUCUCCACGAUUGGGCAGAAGUAGAAGCAGUGCGUUCUCGCCAAGAUUGGGAAGAUUUGCCGGAAAUUUCUAAUAAUCUUUAUAUUAAAUUUGUAACUGCAUUUAUACGUAUUAAUAAAUAUUAGUGAUACACAA